GACGGGGCGGGGCCCCUACCUCCCCUUCGGCAGAGCGCGGCAGCCGUGCGGCCGCGUAGCCAUGGGGUUGUGCAUGCCCUGCAUGGGGGGCGCCGUCAAGGAUGUGGUGGAGACGCCCGACCCGGAAAUAAAAAGAAGACAGCUCGCAGAAGCUGCUGAGAAGAGGCAGAUGGAGGCUUCGUCUCGAGGUAUUAAGAACAUUUACUCUGUAGAGCAAAAGAAAAAGAAGCAGGAAGAAAUAGAAAAAAGAAUGGCAGCUUCAGGUCCUGGAGGAGAAGGAGGCCUGAGGUGGCAGGUUGGAUAAAGAAGUGUGACUUCUGGAGAUGAGAUUGAUUUUUACUGCCAAGAACUUGCCAGUUUCUGCAGUGGAGUGGCACUUACUCAUCAUGUGGCUUUUUGCUGUUUGCAUAUGAAGACUCAGCGGUACUUUGCCAUUGUAGGAGGACAAAUGUGCAAACAUGUACUAAGAAAAUGAACAACUCCAACCUCUGAACAAAUAGGUUUUGGCCAAUUUUUGUUCUGUGUGCAUAUUUUGCUUCCCUGUCAAGGGAGCGAGAUGGGUUUUCUGCCAUAGAAGUGACCUUUACCUGUCUGCAUGUGUGUUGGUCAAUUGGUACAUGUAUUUCUACGUAUGUCCAACUUAGGCACAGUUCAGGUGCCCCUGUGUAUGUAUCUCCCUUGGGUUUCCUAAUUACUUUUGAACUGCUUAGGGAUUUGGCGCCUUUUUUUCUUAAAAACAAAACAAAACAAAAAACAAAACAAAAAAACCAACAACAGCAACAACAAAAAACCACCAAAAAGCUAAAGCAGAUCCAUAACAGGCCCUUAGAAACUGAAGCUUUUUUGUGACACUACCUAAAAAAAUAAAAUAUCUUUAUAAGCCUUUUUUUGCUUAUAGCAAGAAAGCUGUUUUAUUUUGAGUCUGACAGUUUUUCUCCUUGCUUGUGUAUGUAAAUUCCUUUAGAGUAUGUAUUUAUGUGAACACUGGAAUGUAAACACUAAAUUUGAAAUACUGUUGAUGAAUUGUUUUAUAUUGAACACAGAGGGCAGUACUGCACUUCAGGAGAAUUCUGAGGAACAAAGUUAAAGACCUGUUCUUGGAUGGUUCAUUUGCUGAGAUUUCUGUGCUAUCUGGGUGGGUUUGUUACAGUGCAAUCACAUCUGGCAACCGCUUGGAGCUCCGCUGCUUUUCUUUCGUAUCUAGUGAUGUCUGUAAUCCCUUUUCCUAAUGUGAAACUGCCUUUGAUUAUUUGGAACUGCCUACACUAUGGUAUAGCCAGUGACCUAAAGCCACAGGUUUGAUAGAUGAGCAAAGCUUGUUGCAGCAUGACCAGCAUGAAGAACCUAGUGCCUGCGUUCCAUGGAGACCAUCACGUCUGCCUCAGUACAUUACUGACCCCAUUUUUGACCUAGUUGAGGCUGCAAAGGCUGCUUUUUUUUUUUUUUUUUUUCCCUUUCCUGAACUUAAUACUUAUUUUACUUCCUCACGAUGUCUUAGGAGUGUGGUCGUGACCCAGUGAGUUCCUGGCUUAGCCUUAGUCAUUAAGUUCAGAAAGGAGAUCUUUCAGUAUUAAUAUAGUAGCACCAGGGCUAAAAGCUUGUGUCCUUGGUAGCUGAAUACCUUUAGCUUCCUUUGAUUGUUGGCACUUGUUCACAUAACUGUAUUAAAUAAAAUAAAAUGACUAUGACCAAUUAA